AUGGCACAAUUGCAGAAACCAUUUGAGCAGAAGAAUGCGAGUACUCUCUACUACGUGAUCUCGAUUGUGCUCGGGACUGUUGCGUUGAGCUAUGGAAGCGUCCCGCUGUACAAGACAAUCUGUCAACAGACGGGAUGGGGUGGACAACCGAUCAAAUCAGCCGCUCACUCAGUACCAGACGGCGAGGACGAAGUAACCGCAAAGCUGACUCCGGUCACUUCAUCACGACGACUGCGUAUAACGUUCGCCGGCUCCACGUCUGAUAUCUUACCCUGGAAGUUUACGCCACAGCAAAGAGAAGUCAGGGUAUUACCAGGAGAGACAGCGUUGGCCUUUUACACAGCCACGAACCAAAGUAAAGACGAGGAUAUCAUUGGGGUAGCGACAUACAGCGUGACUCCGGCACAAGUGGCUCCAUACUUCAGCAAGAUCCAAUGUUUCUGCUUCGAGGAGCAGAGAUUGAACAAGGGAGAGACUGUGGACAUGCCAGUGUUCUUCUACAUCGAUCCGGAUUUCUUAAAGGAUCCAACAAUGAGAGGCAUUGAUACCAUCACGCUGAACUACACGUUCUUUAAGGCGAAAUACGACAAGAAUGGGCAUCUAUCGCCAGUGCCUUCACCGUACUAGUAUGCAGUGGCUUGUGCGUGCUGAUCGAACCAGCAACCUGCUCGGGCAUGGCGCGCAUCAUCCAAAGCAGCUUUUGCGUUUUACCUAUGGCAAUCGGGACACGCCUAUAGUACCCCGCCAGCAAUCCGACCGAAGCUUCCCUGCAUGAGCUAUGAGUCUACGGCUUUCGAAGAGUUCCCCUCACCUCGAGUGCUUCUUCCAUCUUACCCUCCGGUCGGAACUCCGUUUAAC